AUUCACUGUUUACAGUAACUACAAUCGAAAUGUUUCCUGUUAAAUCCGUCAUUUUCCUGGCACUCGCCGCUCUCUGCUCCGGAGCUCCGAACCACCACCAGGUCUCCAGCGGCAAAUACGGAAUAACCGGAGGCACCCCAGCCCAACCGGGCCAAUUCCCCUACCAAGUAUCCGUCCAGUACUGCCUGCUGGGCCUGUGCGAGCACAUCUGCGGCGGCGCCAUCAUCAACGAGACCUGGAUCCUAACCGGAGCCCAAUGCGCCGGCAGCGCCACCAACGUCCUGGCCGGACUCACCAACUUGCACGACAACAAAACCGAGCUGAAGGUCAAGUUUAAACUCCCCCACGAAGGUUUUCCCACCACCGGGCUCGGUCCGAACGAUAUAGGCUUGAUACAGCUGGAGGAGCCGAUACAAUUCAACGAAGACAUCCAGCCGGUUAAACUGCCCAAGCAAGGUGAACAGUUUAACGGUACCGCAGUAUUCUCCGGUUACGGUGACAUCGCCCUGCCCGAUUUCAACAAACUCACCUACAUCGACGGGCUCCAACUCGUCGACUUCAAAGAGUGCGAACGAGCGUUGGAAAGCGUGAUCAAAGCGACCUCGCCGCUGGACGAGACCAGCAACCUGUGCACGCUGAACACCGAAUCUAGCAGCUGCAACGGAGACGGGGGUGGCCCUCUCGUGCAAAACGGCACUGUCAUAGGUCUCGGCACGUGGUUCGUGCAGCCCUGCGGGGCCCAAGGCGCGCCCAACGUGUUCACCCAGGUGGCCAGCUUCGUGGAUUGGAUCAACGAUAACAUGAAGGAUUAGUACCUUUCUGUAUAUAUCAAUAAAUUGAUUGCGUUUUGUGUAGCACUUGAAAUUGUUUGAUUAGUACCUACUGUAACAGGAAUUGCGGAAUCGAUUCGAUUUGAAUGCGAUGUUAAGACUGCGGCCUUCAUCGAGGGACUCGGCUUCAUACUUGUAGUAAAUGCAAUGUUUGUGGUAGUACUCUAGUAAUUAAAGAUGAUCUCUACCAGAAUUCUGGUGCAUCUCUGCGCUACUCUUCUUUUUGGUAAGACAGUGCACUAAUACCAAUCCUUGUAUCGC